UGAUUUUGUGAGAAAUUCAGUGGAGAUCGGAGGAUUGCUCUGUAGAUUCAAUACUGUGGAUUUCAUUGUUGAGAGCUUGACUUGUGUGUAUGGUUUUCAGCUUGUGAGAAGAGCGAUCGAAAUAGUUAUGAGUGAAUCUCGUCAGGCCUCUUCAAAUCUCAUAUGCGUCGGUUAUGAUAAAGAGAGCCAGUGUAGUCCGACGGUUGAUGAACUGACAUCCGCAAAGUGGGCUGUCCUCUUUAGUAGGGUUGGUGAUAAUCUCUUGAUGUAUCUGUUGAAGUGUACUUCAAUAUUUCUUCCUCUUCCUCGGAAGAAGCACCAUCAGAUUUGUGGCCGUUCCGUUGCCAAAUUGUUCUCCAACUUCCCAAGAGGCAUGCCUAAGUCUAGAGCUCCGCAUCAUCCACCAAGACACGAGGCUAGGAGGCAAAGGGUGGUUAAGAGACUUCCAUGAGGUGUACACGAACAAGCUAAACGGAAGGAGGGUGUAUUCUUUCAAAUGUGCUGGUUUUCGUCCCAGGUACGACGUGGAAAGGAAGAAUGUUAUUUGGUUGGGUUUGCAUGCUUACAGAAGGGUGCUGCUGAAGAAGCACUUAUGGUGAGGUGGAGAACAUGUGACCUGAGCUCAAAUAUUGAUUUUGUGAUGCAUCAAUUCAUAUUCAGUUGGGCAUGGGAUGGAUGAUCUCUUCUUUUGUACAGUAUCUUUUUGGCUUUCUAUGCAAUCGAAUGCCCA